AUCAAACAUGGCCGUAAGAGCAGCGCAGCGGCGUAUAAGUUUUAAUAAUCGCUUUUAUAAUAGAUAUUUCGUAAACAGCUUUGCGAAAUUCUCGACGCAGCAAAAAGAAGGAAGUGAUGAAGUUGUUGAUGAUGAAUUUCGAGUAUUAGAAUUAUAUCCUACGAAAAAGGAUGUGAAGAGAUCUGUUAUACGUUUUCAAGAUGCACAGGUUGCACCCCCUCGAGAAACAAGAAUGCCCAUCGAUCAAGAUUGGCCUAGUGUUUGGCCUACUGCAAAAACAUUUAGACCAUCUGUAGUGCCUUUGCCUGUUUAUCAAGGGUUUGGUGUGUAG